AUGGCGGGGAUGGAGACCGUCCAAUGCUUCGCUCUUGGUUGCGAGGCAACCUCGCUUAAUAGCAUUGUGAAACUAAUCCCGAAAGGUAUGAAUUUAUAUCUCGGAAUAUAGGCACAUGCGUAAGGUAAGUAUCUUCGAUCUCAAUAACACCAUGACGUAACACACACAUUGUAUGUUUGUUAAAUGCCAAGGUAGUCCUCUCAGCUCUGGCUCAUCCGACAAUUUAUAUGUGAUCUCAGGGCCUCAUAUUAAAUUUUGGUGCCCUUCGAUACUCGAGUGAACUUCUUUCAUCUCUCUAAUCCUUGGAAUCACACGAUCAUAUAUUCAAUACAUUGCUAAAUAUCUCCCACUGAUCCUUCAAUCUAAAAUAUUAGCAACUAUGAAGAUCUUCGCUGCUCUUCCAUUGUCGGUCCUCUUUCUCGACUCGGCUAUAGCUCAAGUUAUAAACUGCACGAAACUCGAAACGUCAGAAGAUUAUGUCAAUGUGAGUAACCAACAAUACCCAAAUUUAUUUACUCUUACAUGCUGCUAACGUUGACAUUGUCAGUGGCCCACAGAGGUCAAGUGGUAUGUGAGUGAACCCAUGUGUUCGAGACAACAUCCCGAUCGAGUAUACUAAAUUCUCUGCAGUGUCCAACCAGGGAUACUCAACCUUCGGACGACUGCAAUUUCAUUGGUGAAAAUGACCAAGCAGAAGUUGAGCGGAAAUUCUUCUUUUGCGUAGGUACUUUUGAUUGUUUUCGAUGUCGAAACUUUCGUGCUGAUUAG